GAAAGGGCAGGGACUCAGAGGGAAAUAGAGGAGCAGAGAACUGUAAAGCAAUGUAAAGGAGUGGAAACUGAGCAGUCCAUCCCUGUUAAUGCUGCUGGGUAUGAGUCUCAGUGCCAGGCCCAACCUACUGUCAGCCCACCAGUCAGUAUGCAGCCCCCGGUCAGUGCUCAGCUGCAGCAGCCGAGCCCAUGCUGGCGCAAAGAUUUCAAAAUCUCGGGUCAAAUAGGCGAAGCAGGCCAGAAAGAUAAAUUGACAUUUUCUAGCCUCGCUCAUCAGAUUGAGAAUGGACUGAACAGAGGUUAUCCUGAAAUAGAAAUAGUAGAUGCUGUAAUUAGAGCUAUAUCUCCCGGCUCACAGUUACGCAGCUAUUUGGAAGGAAAGCCCCACCUGACUCUCCCCACACUCCGACGCAUCCUGCGCUCCCACUUCCAAGAGAAGAGCGCCACAGAGCUCUACAAGCAGCUAGCUUCUGAAGCACAGAACAGCAAAGACACUCCUCAGACUUUCCUCAUGCGAGUUUUAGAUUUGAGGCAGAAAGUACUGUUUGCUUCCCAAGAGUCAGAAUCAGGGCUUAAGUAUGAUCCAGCGUUAGUCCAGCGCAUGUGUUUACACACACUACUUACUGGUCUCCAGAAUGAAAGUAUCAGGAUAGACAUGCAGCCUCUCCUAUUAGAUACUGAGACCUCAGAUGAGCUUCUGCUAGAGAGGUUAAAUGUUGCCUGUGCUAAUGAGGCUGAAAGGAGAAACAAAAGGAAGCUUAGCAACCAACAGUCAGCCACAAGUGUAAGUGUAGUGCAGUCAGAAGAUAGGUCACCUGCUAAGUGCUCUGUGAAGGAAACCAAAACAGGGAUUUCCCCAGAACUGUUAACAGAGAUACAAGAGCUUAAGACAGGUGUAGCUUCUCUGAAAGGUCUCAGUGCAGAGAUAGCCCAGAUCAAAGAAACUUUACAUCAGACUAGGUUCCAGCCACAGUCCUAUGCCCCACCUGCAGUUAGGCCAGAUAGGGACCCUCAGCCAUCUGUUUCACCGCAGCAGUAUUACAGCAGCUACAACCAGCCUCAAACACCUGCUCCAAUGCGGCCACAGUAUGGACCGAAUCAGUACACCAAUCACUCUGUCCGUGCUCCACGGAGAUGUUUUGUCUGCCAGCAGACAGGAGCGAAUGAACGCUGCAUGCACUGCUACCGAUGUGGAAGUGGAGAACAUUUUCAGGCUGGAUGCAAAAUCAGAGGAAUCAGACCAUCCAGGGAGGCUCCUUUAAACAGGGAAUGGUUACCACCACGGGACGGGUGCUAACCGUGACUAGCAAAGAGUCCCAGAAAUGUGCAAAUUGUGGCAGUGCAGACUCACCUGACAAAUUGAAACGAUGUUCAUCCUGCAAAGAGACAAUGUACUGUUCCAAAACAUGUCAAAACCAAAACUGGGCUGAGCAUAAAGGAAAAUGCACUCACCUGCCAAGCGCCGGUGGAAAGGCUUCCUGCAAAGGGAAAAUUGCUGAUACUCUGCCCCUCCUACCUCGAGUUGGCCACCCCCGCAAAGUCACCUCGCUAGUUGGCAGGCAGUGUCUUGUUGAAUGUUACCUAAAUGGCCACCACCUGCAAGCUCUAUGGGACACAGGUUCUCAGGUGUCGGUAAUUGAUGAAAGAUGGAAAGAGGAAUACUUCCCAACCACAAGGCUGAGAGAUGUUUCAGAGAUCCUUGACUCACAUGAUGACUUGACAUUGACUGCCGCAAACGGAACUGAAAUGCCGUACUUGGGAUGGAUUGAAACAGUUUUCCGGCUAGCCUCUGAAACUGACCAAGCAGAAGAACUGAUCAUUCCAGUGCUUAUAAUGAAAGGCUGGCACCUGUCUCAUCCCAUCAUAGGUUUCAAUGUUAUUGAGCACAUCCUGACAAAGACUGAAAAGACUAAACGGUAUCACACAGUGAGGAAAGCUUUCCCAAGCCUCAAAAGAAACAAAGUGAGAGCUUUCAUACAGGCUGUUAGCGCAGAGCAAGAAGAUGAGUAUGCAGUAAAAACGAAGAAAGAGGAGGUUGCAGUUUCAAAACACAGCAGCAUCCAAAUCAACUGUCGUGUAGCUACACAGCCCUUCAAAGAGAACAUGACCAUGCUGUUUCAGCCAGACCUGAACCCACAAUGGCCAGAUGGUCUUGAGUUUUAUGACACACUAGUCAGAGUCAGGAAAGGUGUAUUCCCAGUCAUCACAAUUGAUGUUUCUAACCCAACUGACCAUGACAUUGUUUUGCCAGGGCGCACAUUAAUUGGCACAGUACAAACCAUUAUGACAGUCCUGCCCGCCCAGGUAUUUGAGAAAGUUGCAACACCAGCCACAGUGAGUCACACCAGCAUGAAGCCCACAAGUAGUGCCAGUGAACAGUGGGAUCCACCAGUGGAUCUUAGUCACCUUAGUGAGGAUCAGAGACAGGUAGUGAAACAGAUGCUCAGAGAAGAGUGUCAUUCCUUCUCAAAGUCAGACAGUGAUAUCGGCUGUAUUGAAAAGUUGCAUAUGACCAUUUCCCUCAAAGACACUGAACCUGUCAAACGCACAUAUAUAUCAGUGCCUAGCCCCCUGUACCAGGAAAUGAAGGGUUACCUCCACGACCUAAUAGCACAAGGCUGGGUCAGGAAGUCAAACUCCUCAUACUCCUCACCCGUUGUGUGUGUGCGAAAAAAAGAUGGCACCCUUCGGCUGUGCAUAGAUUACAGAGACCUGAACAGGAAGACCCAUCCUGAUCGUCAGCCUAUCCCUCGGGUCCAAGACAUCAUGAACAGUUUAGGUGGUAAAUCCUGGUUUUCUCUCUUAGAUCAGGGGAAAGCCUACCACCAGGGGUUUAUGUCGGAAGAAAGCAGACCACUGACAGCUUUUGUUACCCCAUGGGGACUUUAUGAGUGGAUUCGCAUCCCCUUCGGCCUCAUGAACGCCCCAGCGGCCUUCCAACGUUGUAUGGAGGAGUGUUUGGAAGGGCUUCGGGAUAACAUCUGCAUUCCUUAUCUGGACGACACACUGGUUUUCAGUAAAACCUUUGACAACCAUGUGAAUGAUGUACAAAAAGUGCUGCAACGCCUCAGAGAGCACGGCAUCAAACUCAAGCCAAGUAAAUGUGAUCUAUUCAAGCCUGAGGUCCGCUAUCUGGGCAGAAUAGUAUCUGCAGAGGGCAGUAAAGUUGAUCCAGCCGACUUCGAAGCUGUUAGAGCACUAAAAGAUAUCAGACCUCAGACUGUGGGCCAACUCAGGAAAAUGCUUGGUUUACUCACCUACUACAGGCAGUACAUCAAAGACUUUUCACGAAAAGCCAGCUGUCUAUAUGAGCUUCUAAAAGCAGACACAGAUGAAGUCUCUGUCAACAGCAGAGAAAUAAAAACAAGACUAAAGAAAGUGAGUCAUGUUGUGCCCUCAAAUAAACUGAUCAAGUGGACAGAUCAGCACCAACAGGUACUUGAACAUUUGAUUGACUGCCUACUCCAUCCACCAGUGUUGGGUUUCCCUGAUUUCACUCAGCCAUUCAUUGUACACACUGAUGCAUCACACCAAGGUUUGGGAGCAGUACUGUAUCAACACCAAGAUGGCAAGCUUAGAGUCAUUGCUUAUGGCUCUCGUUCGUUAACGGCAGCUGAAAAGAACUAUCACCUCCAUGCAGGCAAGCUAGAAUUCCUGGCUUUAAAAUGGGCAAUCACUGACAAGUUCCGCGAUUAUCUGUACUAUGCUCCAACUUUCACUGUGUAUAGUGAUAACAACCCGCUCACCUACAUCCUGUCGACUGCAAAGCUGAACGCAACCACUUCCAGGUGGGUGGCAGAGUUGGCUGAUUUCCACUUUACAAUCAAGUACAGACCAGGGAAGGAGAACAGUGAUGCUGAUGCUUUGUCGAGAAUGCCGCUGGAUGUAGAGUCACUAAUGAGAGAAUAUUGUGAGGAACUGCUACCUAACACCAUCACUGCUGCCAUCCAAGCUGUUGAGGUACAGAAAGAGUCCCCUGCAACUUGGUCACUCACGGCUGUAUCCAUGUCAGUUUCAGCUGGAAGUGAGCCAGCCACUGCAUCUAUCAGCCCCAUACCAAAAGAACAGUUACGAGAAGCACAAGAGUCUGAUCCAGUUAUCUGUCCUGUGCUAGAGUGCAAACUGUCAGAUUCCAAGCCACCAGUUAAGGAGCUGAGAGAGCUCAGUCCAAAGACGAAAUGCUUGUUCAGGGAAUGGGACAAAUUGACAAUAGAUGAUGAUGGCGUUCUGUACAGAACUACCACUGCCCGUGAGCAACUGGUCUUGCCAGAAAGAUACAAAAGAAAGGUGUUGGAAGAGUUGCACAAUAACAUGGGUCACCAAGGCGCUGAUCGCACAGUAUCCCUAGUACGUGACCGUUUCUUCUGGCCAUACAUGCAAUCAGACAUUGAGCACUAUGUGACUAAAGCCUGCUCUUGUCUAAAACAGAAAAAACCCUGCCAUGACACAAGAGCUCCCUUGACAAAUAUUGUGACAACACAGCCAUUUGAGUUGAUAUGCAUUGACUUCCUCCAUCUUGACCGAUGCAAAGGCGGAUAUGAGUACAUCCUUGUCCUUGUUGAUCAUUUCACGCGUUUUGCUCAAGCAUACGCCACCACAUCAAAGUCAGGGAAAACUGCUGCCAACCUAAUCUUCAAUGACUUCGCCCUGAAGUUUGGCUUCCCCUCUCGCAUCCACCACGACCAAGGGGGAGAAUUCGAGAAUCAGUUGUUCAGUCAGUUACAGAAACUCAGCGGAGUGGCUGGGUCCAGGACAACGCCCUAUCACCCGAUGGGGAACGGUCAAGUGGAACGUAUGAACAGGACAUUGUUACAGAUGCUCAAGACACUGACUGAUGCACAGAAAUCAAACUGGAAAGAGUCCUUGAACAAACUGGUGAAUGCUUAUAACUGUACACGUUGUGAAGUGACAGGCUACUCGCCAUACUAUCUUCUGUACGGGAGAUCACCCAGGCUUCCAGUUGAUAUGCUCUUUGGACUGCACACAGAAUCAGGCUCCAGUGACCAGCGAGACUAUGUGGAGAAAUGGAAACAAGGUAUGGAGGAAGCCUACGCCAUUGCUAACAGAAAUGCUCAGAAGGCUGCUGAAAGGAGCAAAAGGUACUAUGACACGAAAGUAAGGAGUUCAGCACUACAACCCGGUGAGCGCGUCCUGAUCAAAAACUUGACACCCAGGGGAGGACCAGGCAAACUCCGGAACUAUUGGGAGGACACAGUUCACACAGUAGUGAGACGAAUGGGGUCUAACCUGCCAAUUUAUGAAGUGAGACCAGAAAGGGGUAAGGGAUGCUCCAGAGUUCUGCACAGAAACUUGCUAAUGCCCUGUGAUCACUUACCUUUCGAGACAUCACCAGAGUUUACAAAAAAUGGAAAAGGGACACAGAAAAAGAAAUACCAGCCUGCAUCUCAAACUCAGGAAUCUGAUGAGGACAGCGGGGAUGAGUAUGAACUCCAUCAUGAGCCACUCCGAGCCCCCACAGUGCCUGCAGAAAGAAAGGAAACCUUGGGUGAAUCGAGGAUGGCGCUUGAACAUAGGCGCCCACCAGUGGAAGAGAGAAUUGAAAUGCCAGCUCCUGUUGCACCACAAGCACAGUCUCCUGGGGAAGAUCAGCUGGAGGAGUCUAGCACACCUGCUGAAAACCUGCCUGGUGAGGAAAUAGACUUACCUGUUGGAAAUUUGCCUGAUGAACACUCACCACAUGCCUCUCCCUCGUCAAGUGCUGCUGAACCUGAGGAGUCAUCCUACCAGCUGCCACAAAGAGAGAGACACCCACCGAGACGUAUGACCUACGAUCAGCUUGGCAUCCCCUCUUGCUACAGUAUCCAGCCAGCAACUCAGAUGUUACCUGUCUACCAUGCAUCAGGACUGGUCCCAUGGCUACCACCCCUUCAGCCAUACUACUUCCAGCCCCCCUUCAUGUAUGGACUCCAGCAAACCAUGAGCCUACAGACUUGACUAAGUUUGACGAACACCAUGGACAAUACAUAGACUGUUCACACAGACCGUUGCCAUGGACUAUUCAUGGACUGUUUCAAAACUAUUGUCAUGGACAAUUUGCAGACUGUGUAUCAUUGCCAUGCAAAACUAAUGGACUGUUGAAAAACUGCUGAUAGACAGUUUAUGCAUUGGCCAGUCACCGAAUAUGGACUGUAGCCCUGUGAUUAUGGACUGUUGAGUCAUCAGACUGUGACCUUUGUUUGUGUACCAACUCACAGGAGCCCUUCAUUGUCAAGCUCAUGAGAGAUUGAAAAGAAAAGGAGAGAAAAUUGUUUAAUUAAUUGGUUUAAUGUCGGGACGACAUUUAUUUUGUAGGGGAGUAUGUGAUAAGUUAAAAGAAUGAUGCACUAAAAGGACCAUACAAGCUUAAAAAGGACAGUACACUUAAAAUGCUGUGAUAAGGUUAAAAAGAUCAUAGUCAUGAGAAACAAUUUAUAAGAUGUGUUUAAAAUGGGUUAAAAAGAAGUAGGAAUUCAUUAUGUCAAAAGAGGUUAAAAUUUUAAAAGGUCUUUAAUUAAUUCAUUGUUCAUUUCAUCCUUUAUUGUCAGAGGUUCAGCUAUAAUUGUAUUAUCAGUGAUCCGCAAAGUAGUCUUAAUCCACCAGCGUGAGAUCGAUUGCUUUUGUCUCCACCCACGUAUCCAGGGGAACUCGCGGUGUUUUCUUCAUUCGAGUAAACGCUCUCACUGAAGAAAUCACUCGUAUCACUCUUGUGAUUAUUUCUCCCCGUUUCAGGUAUGUUGUCGGCAUUUGACACUAUUAAGGUGGUUGUAAUAAAUUUUCUAAUAUGUUUUGAGUGUCAAGUGAAUGUAUGUGUAACAUUUCAAGUGAGUUAAAGUAAAGUUUGCCGAGUAUGGUAAAGUGUCUGGCGAGCUAGCUCCCGCUUGUUAGCAGAGUUCAACCCGUAACUACGCCAAUUGCUUCCGCCAUUUUGUGAAUCCAAUUGUCUAUAUAUGUAAAUGUAUUUUACACAGUUUUUCUGUAUUGUCUAUUUAGUAACUUUUAUAAGGUUAUGAGAGGUUACUGAGUUACAGCAGUAUAUUAUUUACCAGUAACAGUAGAGAGAAUAAGAAUUAUGUCUCAAAGAAAUACUGUAUAUUUGUGUAACUUGAAUAGGGUAUGUAUGCUACUGUAACCAGCCUGUUAAGCAGGGUAGCCUAUGUUUAUUUGUAGAUUGUGUAUAUGUUCAAUUAUUCAUUCGAGUAAACGCUCUCACUGAAGAAAUCA